AUGUUUUCCAUAGGCUGGAUUGGUAAUGUAGACGUAGUUCUGCGAAAAUCCGCUGACUUCCUCAAGAUAGGGUCUUGCGCAUUUCACCGUUACCCUUUGCCCCAUAGUGAACGAGUUUAUAUGAAAAACUAUGUUGCUCGUGGUGAACUCGACGAUGCUGAAUUCCCACCUUCUCGCCGGAAGCUCCACCCUCUCCCCAGAACACCCAUUUUACUUGGUGGUGAGCGGAUUUACAAAUAUCCACGACGCCAUUAUGACAUUCGUGGUCCUGAAACCAUCAAUCAUCUCUUAAGGCACAACCAAUUCGGUAUUCAGGCUCUUGAGGGAGGCGAACUCUUGAUCGGUCACUUGGAUAUGAUUCGUAACACAAUCAAUCGCAAAAUCAAUGAAAAGCGAAUGUUCGCAGUAUGGCGAAUACCUGGCCCAUGGAAGCCUAAAACUCAGCGUUCUUUGGGAAAGCGAAUGGGUGGAGGAAAAGCCGAUAUUCAUCAUUAUGUGACUCCAGUGCGUGCCUACAGAAUCAUAGUCGAACUUGGAGGGUACUUGGAUUGGCGUGAAGCCUCUUACAUUUUGAGUGGUGUUGCUAAUCUUCUACCCUUUGGGGCUAGGUUCGUCUCUCAGGAUCUAUUAGAUACCGAAUCUAAACUGGAGGCUUAUGUUGCUGAGAAAAACGUCAAUCCUUUCUAUCCACCCGGCAAAGCUCUUCUCGGGAACUACGCUGGUUCUCGUUCAUUCAUCAGUCCAUGGCAUAUGGAAUGGGGGAGCACCAGCUUCAAGUAA